CUUAGCUUAGCCACGGCAGCAUUUGUGUUGUUUGGGAAUCGCAGGAUGUUUGUACACAGAUGUUUUUGAAGAUGAAAGGAUCCAACUUUUAUUAAGAAUUAAGAAGUAUCUGUAAUUUAACAUUUAAAAUGUAGGUAAAAAAUCUGCUGUUAGAAACUGGAUGUCCUCAAACACCUCUCGGGCCCCGGAAGCUGGUGUUUCCCAUAUGACAUUGAAUGCUGCAUGGCUUAAUGCUACAAACCAAAGAUGGCCGCCUUGCGGCGCCUCCUUCUGGCAGACACUGCUGUACGGACAGAGGAGGAGGAGGAGGAGGAGUCUUUUUAAAGCAUUGUGUGUAUAUUUGAAAUGUUUUUAAUUAAUCUGUCAACGAGUUGCCUUUACUGUCUCGGGUGACGGUGGGAAAUAUAGGAAGUAACUCCUCGUGGGAGAAGUAGACAGCUGUGGGAGAACGUAGGAAUGAUGGACGGAUUGUGGUGCGUGUUUGGCCGUGUGACGCAAGGAACUCUGGAAAAUGUAGUACAAGACAGAAGAAGAAGAGACGAUAAGCUUUGAUUUAGAAAUACUUUGAGUUUUGUGAUUUAAAGGAUCAACUAAAAAGUUACUCAGUCCAAAUCUGCUGCUGCCUUCGCGGGACGUUGGGAAUUUGGAAAUGUAGCUUUUCCUUAUCAUUGUUUAAUCAAUACAUUUAGAGCAGAAGAUAAAGAACAAAAAAGCUUCUCACAGUUUCUUGUGUUGUUUUGUUUCAUGCAACAUUCUAAAAAUGAUGUAAAAUAUGUAACCGAUAAAAGACGAGUGGAUUAAUUGAUGGGUGUUGUGUUCACUGCCCCCGGGACGUUGUACCAACAACCUGCCUCGUGUCCCUGAACCUUUUCUUUAUUUGGCCUGAGUGACUGAGUGGUUGCUGUCACCUAGUUAAGCCCCGCCUACUCUUAGCAGUGCAUUGUGGGAGAUGACACAGUGGAGCAUGUGUGCUGGAUGACUUUAAGGCCUUUUUUAGGUCCUAACCAACCAAUGGGAGUGCUCCUCCAGGAAGGAAGCGACGAUGAUGACUACACUCAUUGUGAUUGGCUCAGAGAAGUAUGACAUCAGCAGAAUGUCGGUUGUCUCUGGAAUCGACCAAUCACUGGACAAUCUGCAGCCACCACUGAGGAUGAUGGGAAACCACGUUUCCUUUUGUAUUUUAUGUUUGUUAUUUCAUCUCCAGCUCUGGCUUCUGAUUGGCUGUUUUCUUUGUGUAUUCAUUGGCUUCUCAUAUUUUAACCCCGCCUCCAUGUACGAUCAUCUAUAAUAUUGGGUGCUUUUGGACGUGGCUUUGUGUGUCUGUGUGUGUGUGUGUGUGUGUGUGUGUGUGUGUGUGUGUGUGUGUGUGUGUGUGUGUGUGUGUCUGUGUGUGUGUGUGUACUCAUGUGCUUCUGGAAUCGUUUAGAAUCAUAAUCUAGUUUUUGUUCUCAUCGUUUUUCGAGUAGAGGGAAGGGUGUUGCCUCGACAACCCGUCAGAACACCUGAACAUUCUAGACCGAAUGGCCCCGCCCCCUACCUUCCCCUAUCACCAAUGAUGACAUCACAGGCUAGGCCUCCUGUUAUUGGCUUAGAGCACCUCCCACCUCCCCAGGUGUUGUUUUCCGUCUGUUGUUCUUGUAUCAGGAAUCAAUCUCAGGAUCUACCUGCAGACAACACGCAAUAAACUGUCAAUCAAAUUCAACACGAACCGACUCGCUUCUGUUUCCAUCAACCGACAGCAACCUGACAACGAGCCAAUCAGAGCUCACAGCCGCUGCAGGUCAAAGGUCAACUUACUCUAAUUUAACUGAAGUCUACUUGCGUUUGAAGACUGUUCCUCGAUCAAAACUUCGACGGUAAAAUAAAUGAAUAAUAAUUGUAGUAAAUAAUAGCACAUAAAACAGCUUAGAGAGAGACUCGUGAUAUCAACGGACCAGCAGGCGGGUUCUAUCACACUUCCUGCUCCAGCAGCUGUCAAUCAUACUCACAGCGUCACUUCCUGGUUACGGGGCCACGUGUCAUCGUCUCUUAUCGCCGUGGUUACAGCUCUGGGACUCAGAUGGUCUACAGGCUCUCCUCCAGGAUGCGUCUCCUCCUCGUCCUCCUGCUGUCCUGCCUCGUCGUCACAGGUUCGGCGUGGAAAGGUUGCCACGAUGACCAGGACAAAGAUCAGCGAAUGAGGGUGAACUGCACGGCGCUCGGCUUCAGCGCCCUCCCAGCGGGAUUCGAACCAGUGACCCAGGUUUUUCUGCUUCCCAGAAACCAGUUCUCCAGCCUGUCCUGGUCCUCCUUUCAGAUCUUCACCAACAUCCACGAGCUCGACUUCACAGCCAACCAGAUUCCAGAAGUCACCCCCUCCGACACUCCGGUGCUCCCCAGCCUCAGCGUCCUCCGGCUGAGUUCCAACCGUCUGACGUUGCUCCCUGAAGGCUCCUUCUCGGCCUGUCCCGGUCUGACCGAGCUCUACCUGGACCACAACACCCUGGAGUCUCUGAGCGACCUCACCUUCUCUGGACUCAGCAGACUGGAGAUUCUGGACUUGUCGUCCAAUCGUCUCACGUCACUCCCCAACCUCAUGCUCCGCCCCCUCGUUGUCAUAGAGACUCUCUAUCUGGAGAACAACAAGGUCACAGGGAUGCCCAACGAUUGGUUCCGCCCCAGGGAGGAGGUGCCGUACCUCUACCUCUCUGAAAAUCCCUGGGCCUGCUCCUGUUCCCUUAGCUACCUGCACGGGUACCUCAACAAUUAUGAGGACAACGUCUACUUCCGGGUCGGCCCAGUCAUCAACUUCGGCGCCGAUAGAGUGAUCUGUGACUCUCCUCGUCGGAACAAGAACAAACCUCUGAUGACUCUGAAACAAUCGGACCUGUGUCCAGAAGCCGAAGGUGAGGACCAGCUGAUGGGUGGUCCUCACCUUCCUAAUACUCCUCCCCCUACCUCGUCAGCGGGCCCGGGGUCGGAGGUCAGCGAGCUCCCACGGCCAGACGUGCCAACCAAAGCGGCGCUAGCCGAAGGCUAUACUGAAACUCCUCCUUCUACUGCGCCUCCUUCUAAUGCUCUUCCCAAUACUGCUCCUCCUUUUACUGCUCCUCCAACUACUGCGCCUCCUUCUAAUGCUCUUCCCAAUACUGCUCCUCCUUUUACUGCUCCUCCAACUACUGUGCCUCCUUCUACUGCUCCUCCCACUACUGCUGCUCCUUUUACUGCUCCUCCUUCUACUGCUCCUCCUUUUACUGCUCCUCCAACUACUGUGCCUCCUUCUACUGCUCCUCCCACUACUGCUCCUCCUUUUACUGCUCCUCUAACUAUUGUGCCUCCUUCUAAUGCUCCUCCCACUACUUCUCCUCUAACUACUGCGCAUCCUUUUACUGCUCCUUCCACCACUGCGUCUCCUCAUAGUGUUCCUCCACCUGCUUUGGUUGCGACACCAACGUGGCCCCGGUCUGAACCCGAGUGGUCAGAGGACCCGGGGUCGGAGGUCAGAGGCGAGCUCCCAGUGGAGCGUCCUGCUGAGACAAAUAAUCAAACAACAACCUGCGCAUUGACACCUCCAUCUGCGUCUGGCGGUAACGUCCCCCCUGUCAGAGGAGCAGGGGGGUUCUGUCUCUGGCUCCUCGCCGGGGGCCUCCUGCUGAGCGUGGGGGCGGCGGCGUGCGUCUUGACAACUCUAGUGAGGUUGAUCGUCUGGUACCGCAGGGUUUACAGGCCCAUGUGGGAGGCGCUGGCAAAGAGGAGAGCAAGUGUAGAGGUGGGGAGACUGCUUCCAAUUAGGACGAUGGGAGGGAGGGAGGUGGCGGGAGGAGGAGGAGGAGUGAAGGCGCUGUAUCGCUCUGUGCUGUUUGUCCAGAGAGAGGGGGGAACUACGGAGAUGGCAGGAGGAGCUGUGGAGAGGGGAGGGGAGGAAGGAGGAGCUACGGAGAUGGUAGAGGAGGGAGGAAAGCAACCGGUCCUCGUCACUCUGGAGCCGAGGCGAGGAAGAAGAGGAGAAGGAGCUGCGAGAGAGGUAGAAGGGAGGGAGGAGAAGGGAGUGUACAGGAAGACGUUGUACCGUCUGUGUAGCAAAGAGGAGGACUUAGAGGGGUGGAGCAGCGUGAUGGAGGAGUGUCGGGUCUCUGCAGACGAAGGAGGGAGGGGGUGUGGAGGGGAGACGAUGGGAGGAGGAGGAGUCUCCAGAAAGUGCUACAGCGUCAUUCUGCGGGAGAAGACGGAGGAGGCAGGAGGAGGGAGGGAGGAUGUGGACUGGGUGGUGGGCGGGUGGGAGGUGAAAAGAGGUGGAGGAUGGGAGGGGGAGGAGGAGGGUCCCAGCUGGGGGGAGUGGCUGGUACACUACUUACCCAGCAUGCCCUGGAGUGUGACCACGCCUCCUGAAAACCUGCCAUCUCAGAGAUGUCAUCAGUGA